GGUGGGGUGUGGACGGCGUUUUGCAACGAGAUGAGCGUGGGGCGCGUCGCGAGCGGCGGGAACCUGAGCGGGGACGACUACGAGCAGUCGGAGACGGAGCCGUGGGUACGGCGGCUUCCGCCCAAUCCGCGCCGAGUCAAGAACGCGCCCAAGACGGUGUACCUCGACAUGAGCCACGAGACUGCGCUCAUGGUGGACACGCGGGGCGGGGUGUGGGCGUGGGGCAAGGGGAACGAGGGGCAGACGGGGCUCGGGCACACGAGGACGGCGACGUCCCCCGCGGGUCCCCUCCGCGGCGCGCUCGAGAACGUCAGGGUGGAGCGGGUGGUGGCUGGCGACGAGCACUGCCUGGCGAUAGCCGCCGACGGGUCGCUGUACGGGUUCGGUCGAGGGGACGACGGCAGGUUAUGGGGCGCGAUGAGGAACGUGCGGUCGCCCGCGUCGCUGUGCGCCGGUCGGGCGUUCGCGGCGGUGGCGUGCGGGAGCGUCGUGGACGCGAUGGGCGGGUCGAAAGGGGCGUGCGUCGGGGUUACCAAAGACGACCAAAGGGUUACCAAAGACGGCGGCGGGACGUGUUACACGUGGGGGUCGCCGAGGCCGUGGCUGGGACGGGGCGGAUCGGACGCGGACGACGCGAUGUGGGCGAGGUCGAACGACAUCGGGGCGGUGCGUUUCGACGAGAGCGGUGACGGCGGUGAUGGGUUUAGGUGACGGGGCGAACGAGGACUGGUAUCAGGACUGGUAUGACGAACGACGUACCUUUG